AUGACAUUGAAAACGGUCACAUAUUUUGCAACAACGUCUCUAAUUUCUGCUUCAAUAGCUAUUUUAAUAGCGCUUCUAUUUCAACCGGGUGAAAUAAUGCAAUCGACACAAGAGGUCAACGCUCCCAGAAUGAAGUUUAUUGACAGUAUUUUGGAUCUGGGCAGGAAUUUCUUUCCAGACAAUUUGUUUCAAUCGUUUUUCCAACAAGUGCAUACAGUGUAUACAACGACAAACUCCACAAAUGGAAUCACUGUUGCACGUGAUUUGGCAUAUAGAGCAGGCCCAUCAACAUUGGGCUUAGUUACAUUUUGUAUUUUAUUCGGUUCGGUUUUGAAUACCAUCGGAAACAAAGGCAAAGUGAUUAAAGAUUUUUUCGAAGGUGUUUUUGAAAUUCUGAUGAAACUAACAACCUAUAUAAUGUGGCUCAAUGGUGUUGGAAUGUGUAGUAUAAUCACCGGGAAAUUGCUCAGCAUUGGCAAUUUGCAAGAGAUUCUUUCACAAUUGGCUGUAUUUGUAUGUUGUGUUCUGGUUGGUUUGGCAUUUCAUCAGCUCGUUAUGUUACCAACCAUAUACUUCAUACCCAAGGAACAAUUGUUAGCGCAAAUCACCCAUUACCAGGCCCAAGUUUACGGUCGAAUUUGGGGUAGCAUUCAUGUGUAG